AUGCGCAAAAGGUCCAGUCAACAUCCCGCUCACGAGCCAUCCGCUAAGGUACGGAUUGUGGACUCGUCUAACUCAGGAACGCACACGCCAUCCUAUGAUGUGCUCGUCCAAGAGAUUCAGGUACUACGCCAGCAAGUAGCUUCACUCACCGAGAAGGUUAGCUCGCAAGAGCAGGAGCUCGAUGCUCUCAUGAAUGAAGAAAAUGAGCAUCUUGUGCACGCACAAGACGAGUACUCACGCGAGUAUAGACAAUCGUUGGCUAAAGACGCUGCAAUCUCCGAUAUGCGACGGUCACUUUCCAAGAUUCAAUCGACUUCAGGAUCAUUUCACAUGUCUGCCGCAAAGCUCAUUCCUAUGAGCAUAGAAGGAGCCGGGGCGUCAGACAGCAGCUCCCGCGAGCAUGCUAGCGAGCACAAUCUUCUGGAGAAAUACGCGGUCUUGGAGAAAACCUAUCAGAAAAAGGAGGAGGAGAUGACAUUGAAAAUAAAAAGAAUGGAAGGGGAUUUGUUCCAGCGCCAAGAGCGUAUCAUGCAGCUGGUUGCCGACAACACCGUACUGAAGAGAGCGGCCUUGGGAAGCUCAGGCGGCAAAGCUAUGCAGCAAAUCACCCAAGCGCAUCGUGAGGUCCAGACUGACGCAACUGAGCAAACCGCCACGCUGGCAACGGCAAGGCCGAAGUUGGUCCUGGAGCCCUCUCGUAUUCGCAAGAUGCGCAAAGGCGAGCUUAUCGAACAGCUCGACAUGUGGCGCAAGGAGACGCAAGCGCCCAAUCUUCCGAUCUACGAUACAGCCACAGCACCGAAUAAGCCUACCGUUCUUGCCGACGUGCUCCAGGUUGUCAGGAAAUACCCUGACGGGAAGGUGUAA